GGAGCGGCGAGGCGGCGACGGGGCUAGCGGCCAGAGCUCUGGUCUGUGGAAGCUGGCGACGGGGACACGCGGGGGCGGGGAGCAGGGAGGUUACUACGUGCUUUUUGUCGCCUGUUUUUACUCUCAGCACUUGCAAGGAUCGACAAAAUCUCGGGAAGAUUCAGGAUAACACUGCCGGAAAUCGUGGUAUCCAUAGAGACGUUAUAGGAAGUUGCGGUUGCUAAGAGGCCUUGGGCAUAUCGACUGACUGCGCAAUGGCUAAAGUCCCAGAAAAUUAUGAAUCCGAUCCCGAAGAAGAUAUGACACUACUGUCUGAAAGAACUAAAUUUCGUAGUUCUCAUAAGUUGCUUACUGCUGAAUCAAACACCACGGCAGUAGUAAGCCCUGAGCUGCCCCCUGAGAUUGACCAAGAGCCAGAGGAACUAAACACUCAGGAAGGUAAUUUUGAAGAGGGGAAGCCAGGGAGUGCAAAAAACGUGCUGCUAGGGACAACCAGGACGUCUGACGAAGAAAAUCUCAGUCAGACCAACGUGGGCCUAUCUAGCAAAACUGAACCAGAGAUAAAACAACUGUUGGAGUUAGAGACAUCAUGGGGAGCAGGAGAGGAUUUGGAGGUGCCCAUAAAUGAAAAGCAUGAGGAGCCAGACCUACAAAUACCGGCUGUUUCAGUAGAUGUACUCACAGAACUGCCUACUGAAACAAAUACACAGCUACCAACAGAAGUCAAGAUUCCAGAGGCAGUGAACAACGAGCUGGAGUUACCAGAAGAGACUGGGCAGUCACUUACAGAGAGAGAUAAAGAAAUAGGUCCAGAGCAGAGCACACCAGAUUUUCCAAAUAGAAAACCAAGAAGUUCAAUUGAAGAGGAUGAUCUAUCAAAGAUGGGCAAAUCAGAGGCUACAGAGAAGACACAAGAAGAGUCAGCUGAAGAGAAAAGUACAGAGCCAUCUGAGGUGACUAAACCUGAGUUCCCAGACUGGAAGCUAAGAAAGUCUUCUAAGGAAGCAGAUCUCAAGCCUCCAGAUGAGCUUCAGGUCAAGUCCUCAGAGCAUUUAGGCACAGAGCAACCUGAGCAGGUUGAGCCAAAGUUUCCAGACAAGAACCAAAGACAGUCACCUGAAGAGAAAGUUGCAGAGCACCUCGAAGAACUCAAACCAGAGCUUUCUGAGGAAGAAUCAAGAAAACCAAUGGGUGAAGCAAGUCUAGAGCUAUCAGAAAAGACAUCAUCAGAUGUUCCAGAAGAAACACGAAGAAAAACUUUUGAUGAAGACAUUCUAGAAAUACUAGAAGAGACUGCUGCAGGCCUAGCAGAAGAGAAACAACCAGAUGUUCAAGGAGAGACACAAGGAAAGUCAAUUGAGGAGAAAGUUCUAGAGCCAUUAGAAGACAGGAAACCAACAGAUCAAAAGGAAGAGCUGAUGAGGUCAAGUGAGAAAUCUAAAUCAAAGGAAACAUUAGUAGGGUCACCUAAAGGAAAGGGUCCAGUGCUACAACAACAGACUGAACCAGAAUUUCCAAAGAAAAAACUAAGAAAAUCAACUGAAGGAAUAGGUCAAGUGCCACCACAGAUGACCAAACCAGAAGUUCAAGAGGAGUCACAGUCAGAACCAACCAAGGACGAAAAUCUACAGUUAUCCGAUAGAGACAAACCAAGAGAGAAAGAAUCUCCCAAGAAAGACAGCUUAGAAGAACCAAGGAAAUUAAAGUAUCCUGUAGGCAAAGAUGAACUAAUAUACUCUGAAAAUUAUAGAAAGUCGUCAGAAAAAGAAACUAACAAAGCUAAAACUGAGAAUGCAGUACAAUCUCCUAGAGAAAGUAUGGAAUCCUUUGGUACAUAUUAUGAACUCCCUGAAGUCCCCAGAGAACCUCAGGCUGAUAUCAGUGAACAGCUUUUAACAAUUCCUGCUUCACAGUCUCGGGUGGAACUUAGUGUUUCAGUUAGUGACAAGCAAUUUCUAGUUUCACCCCAGGAGUUGGAGGACUUGGAAGAGAGAGAAGACAAGAUCAAUGAUAGUAUCGGCCCACAAUUUGAGCACCUACAGUGGAGUCCAGAGAAGGUUGCAGAGUGGAUCAGUGAGCUAGGCUUCCCUCAAUAUAAGGAGUGUUUUACUACAAACUUCAUCAGUGGUCCAAAACUUAUCCAUGUAAACUGCUCUAACCUGCCUCAGAUGGGAAUAACUGAUUUUGAAGACAUGAAGAAAAUAUCUCAUCAUACUCGAGAGCUUCUGGGAAUCACUGAGCCACUAUUCAGCCGCAGCAUCUGCCUUCCCUACAGAGACAAUAUUGGCUUAUUUUUAGAGCAAAAAGGUCAUAGUGGAUUGAAGUCUGAUUCCUUGACCUUGCCUGAAUUUGUUAAAGCAUCAGGAUUAGAGAAGUAUGGUCCAGAGAUUAAAGCCAUGGACAGGAAUGGAGGCUCACUAUCAGACAGCCACCAAAAUGAAAAUGAGGCAUCACUGCAAGUAACAGAUUUGGAUAAAAUUUACCAUCUGACUCAAAGGAAGAAGCAAUGGAGCCAGUAACUGGAAAUGAAGAACAUGAACCAGGACAGGACCUCUCACUGGACUGGGGAUCACCAAGGAGGCUACGGUGGCUGGCUAGAGAGACUCUCAAGUAUUCAUCUAUUUCUGUAAUUCCUGUACCAGGAUGACAAGUGUGCCCACCAUGUGGGAUUUUAUGUGGGUUCUGGGGAUUGAACUCAGGUCCCUGUGAUUGUUCCAUUAAUUUUUUUGAUCACUGGGACAAAAUACUUGACAGAAACAGCUUGAGGAAGGAAGGGUUCAUUUUGGCUCACAGUGUGCAGGUACAGUCUAUCAUGGCAGAGACAUCUCGGCAGCCGGUCUUGUUGCAUCUGCAAUCAAAAAAGAGGAAUGCUCAGCCUAGCUCUGAGCCCCUCCCCCUCAUUCUCUUAUUCUGUCCAGAACCCCAGUUCAUACCAUGGUGCUGCACAAGUUUAGGGGACCUUUAUUUCUCCAGUACUCACUUCAAUUAGCGUGAUCUAGAAACUCCUCACAGACAUGACGAGAGGCUUCUUGUUUCCAUGGUCACUCUAAAUCUCAAAGAGUUGACAAGAUUAAUAAUCAUACAAGGGCAACUUACUGGCUGAGCUGCACCCCCAACCCUCACAAUCACAUUCUCUAAAGUAUAGUUUUAGAGAAAAAGAGGGGAAAUGUUUUUCUUUAAAUAUCAGAGGAGAAAGAGAAACUGGCAGAGAUGGGCAGGACUCUUGGUAAUAAUUCCCAGACCACAAAAUGAAAUAAAAACUGGUC